CUCUUUUCUUAUCCGAUCCCUUGCCUUUGGAAUAUUUUUGUUCUGCUUAAAUCUUUUACCUAAGGAAUUAAAGUUAACCUUUGCUUCGUCCUCCUAACUUUAGCAUCCGAAUAUAAUCCACACGAUUUGAUCCUCAGAAAGCAUAUAAAGAUCAAUAGCCGCGUCUACCGAUUCAAACCACAGCCAUCGCCGGUCUCUGACCUUUGUUCUGGUUCAAUCUACAUUCCGCUCGCUAGCUGUUAGAUUCACCAACAGAAUGCCGAAGACGAGUUUUCUUGAGUUGAAGUACAACCUCUCAAAGAAGAAGUUCCUGACAAAACCGAGUCGCACGUUUUCAUUCGGGGAUGGACAAAACGAAGGCCUGACGACCACUUACCAGCCAAAUCCAGGUGAGAUGAAGAAGGUGUUCGACAAAUUCGAUUCCAACAGAGACGGGAAGAUCUCACGUGAGGAGUACAAAGCCAUGCUGAGAGCACUGGGGAAGGAGAACAUGAUCAAGGAGGUAAGCAAGAUAUUCAGGGUGGCUGAUUUGGAUGGAGACGGGUAUAUCGAUUUCAAUGAGUUUGUGGAGUUGCACAAGAAGGAAGGCGGGGUGAAGACCAUGGACAUACAACGUGCCUUCCGGGAUUUCGAUGCGGAUGGGGAUGGGAAAAUAAGCGCCGAGGAAGUGUUUAAGCUGCUUAAGAGGAUAGGGGAGAAGUGCAGCUUGGAGGAUUGUCGGAAAAUGGUUAGAGCUGUGGAUGCGAACGGGGACGGUGUGAUCGACAUGGAUGAGUUCAUCACCAUGAUGACUCGCACCAUGAAGCUUGGUUAAGCUUGUCAAUUAACCUCAACAUUCCAACACUGACCAAUCCCCUGCGCUCGACACUCAAAUACACGAGGAUCGAACCAUUUCCUCGGGCUCUUUGUUUCAGUCACCUCUAUGUCAUAUGUUUACGAUAGAUAAACCGUUUCAUGCAUGCAAAUUAAUAGGCCCUAGCUGUUUCUGCUUCAUGUUAGCUACGUUUAUGUUCCUGAAACGGGGAUCGAUCAUUGGCCAUGUAUACUAUAAAUAAGAACAUACAUUUGUCA